AUGAAUAACAGCAAGACAUGGGAUGCAUACAAAACACAAAGAAAUUAUGUCACUAAACUUAAAAAACAAUCCAUAAAUAGAUACUUCAUAGAACGCUGCACAGGUGGUUCUAAGUCGAAAGAUUUCUGGCCAACAGUUAAGCCAUUCCUUACAAACAAAGGAUGCACCAGCCAAAAAGAAACCAUACUGCAGGAAAACAACAAAAUCAUCACGAACCAACAAGAAAUAUCUGAAAUUUUUAAUGACUUUUUUGUUAAUGUUGCAAAAAACAUUGGUGACAACAACGUACAGGUGAAUGACAAACACCCAAGUAUAGAAGCUAUAAGUAAUAAAUACUCAAACGGGUCAACAUCAAAUAAACUUAUUUUUCAGCCUAUAAACGAGGAAUUUGUUUCUAAAAGAAUUGGUAAAAUAAAUGUUAAAAAGGCUACUGGUAUAGAUGGUAUAUCACCAAAAAUUUUACACGCUGCUAAACCUGUAGUGAUUAAACCUAUCACACAGCUUGUAAAUUUAUCAUUAUCCACUUCCAUUUUUCCAGACUCAUUAAAAAUUGCCCAAGUGGCAACUGUUCACAAAAAAAACAGUGUUCUUGAAAAGGGUAAUUAUAGACCAGUUAGUGUUUUACCUGCUAUAUCUAAAAUUUUUGAAACAGCCAUAGAAAAUCAACUCACUAAAUACUUUGAUGAUAUUUUCGACCAUUUUCUUGCGGCAUUUCGAGCUGGUUAUGGCUGCCAGUCAACAUUACUAAAAAUUUUGGAAGAUUGA